AUGCCAUUUGGUGUAUUAUUCACUGAAACAUGUCCCAUUGUAUAUAAAGAUAAUGAUCCUGAAUAUCUUAAAUUUAUUGAUGUAAAUGGAAAGUCGGUUCCUCUUCAUGUUGUCGGUUGGCUGGUUUCUUUAAUAUUCACAAUCCUAGCUUCGGUUGUUACAUUAUACCUCAUAAAACAACAUUGGAAAUAUUAUACAAAACCAGAUGAACAAAGAUAUAUAAUACGAUUGCUUUUAAUAGUACCAAUCUAUACAAUAUUAAAUUGGCUAGCAUAUAUUUUCGUUCGAUAUCGAUAUUCAUUAUUUUUUAUAACUAUAAGAGAUGGAUAUCAAGCUUAUGCUAUAAUAAAUUUUUUUAAUUUAUUAUUGCAUAGUUUAGGUAAAAAUGAUGAUGAACGAUUGAGUAAAUUAAGAUCAGCAAAAAUCAAAUCUAUUAGAGUGCCAUUACCAUUUUUUUGUUUGACCUAUAAUCCAAUCGAACAUCGAAAUUUAUUGAAAAGGUUUAGAUUUGGCAUCUUACAAUACGUAUUUAUCGUUUGCACCAUUACAAUGGUUACGUUUAUAUUACAAGUGUUUGGAAAAUAUUGUAAUGAAUCCUUUUCUUUGAAAUUUCCUAAAAUUUAUCUAAUUGCCAUACAAAGUUUAUCAGGACUUGUUGCUGAUAUUUGCAUGAACAUGUUAUUUAAACCAGCUCGAAAAGUUUUAAAAGAUGAUUAUCCUUGGUUUCUAAGAAAUAUCUGUGUUAACGUGGCAUUUUUUUUGGUUACAUAUCAAGGAGCCACGUUAGGAUUAUUUAUUUUAUUGGGAUUUAUAAAGGAAACGAAAUACUGGACGGCACAUGAUAUUUCAACAGGAAUCCAAGCAGUUUUAGUAUCAGUGGAGUUCUUAAUAUUAUCCUUAAUUCAAAUGAAGGCAUUUCGAUAUAAAGAUUAUAGACCAAAUUCAAGGAAACAACCCACUCCGAUAUUACAAGCGAUGAAAGAUUCUUUAAUACCAAUUGAUUUAUUUAAAGAAUUUAUUCAUGCUUUAAAAUACAUUUAUUGUCGAUUAACGAAUAAACCACUUCCAACACUAUGGCCAAAUGAUAAACCUAGCCUUGAAAAAAAGGCAAGGACAAUUGUAUCUAAUCCUAAUGAAUUGGCUUAG